AUGAUCAUCGCAAACUUCAUCCAACAGGUUCACACUGAUCCCAUCAUCACGAGCAAGAUGGCCGUCAACGUAUUUUCGGUCCCCGUCUUCCUCGUCGUUUUCCGCGAGUCCUUGGAGACUGGCAUCAUUGUCUCUGUUCUCCUCGCUUUCUUGAAGCAGACCCUCGGAGGCCCCGGACGCGAUGUCACUGUCUACAAGGCUCUUCGUAAACAGGUCUGGAUGGGAACCGCCCUCGGCCUCACCCUCUGCAUCAUAGUCGCGGCCGCUAUCAUCGGUGUCUUCUACGGAGUCGGUCGAGACAGCUGGCAAGCGCACGAAUACUACUACGAAGGCUCGUUUGCUCUUUUCGCAUCCAUCAUUAUCACGCUCAUGGGAGUUGCUCUCCUUCGAGUUGGCAAGCUGCAAGACAAAUGGCGCGCCAAACUUGCCAAGGCCAUGGAGCCCCAAGCAAAGACAACGACCUCGACGUUUGGCUCUCGGUUCAAGCGGAACCAGGAGAAAUACGUCAUGUUCUUCCUACCCCUCAUCACUAUUUUGCGAGAGGGAAUUGAGAUGAUCGUUUUUAUCUUUGGCGUCACUUUCGCAGCACCUGCUACUGCCGUACCCCUCCCGGUCGUGGUUGGUUUGAUCGUUGGUGUUUUUGCGAGCUACCUCCUCUACAAGAGCGGAUCUACUUCCAAGAUUCAAAUCUUCCUCGUCGCCUCUACCUGCUUGCUCUACAUCGUCGCUGCUGGUCUGUUUUCGCGCGCCGUGUGGUUCUUCGAAGCACAGGAAUGGAACACAGCCGUCGGUGGUGAUGCGGCUGAGGUUGGCGCAGGUCCUGGAUCCUACGAUAUCGACAGAAGCGUUUGGCACGUUAACUGCUGCAGCCCUCAGUUGAACGGUGGCGGUGGCUGGGGUCUCCUGAAUGCCAUUUUCGGCUGGAACAACUCUGCCACCUACGGAUCUGUCAUCUCGUAUAAUGUCUACUGGAUCUUUGUCAUUUGCUGGCUUGUGCUUCUGAGAUUCCACGAAGUCAAUGGUCACUGGCCCCUCAUGAAGCCAAAGACUGCUGGCAAGGUCGAGUCCGCUGAGGAAAUGCCAGGAACAUCUACGCCUACUGAACACUCUGUCAACGAACCCAAGAAGGAUAUGUCAACCACUACAAGCGCACUGAAAUAA